AUGGCAAGCCCACUCACAGUCUUCCUGACAACCUGGAACACCGGUCUUCAAGGCUCAAAGGCCCAGGAGCAGGACCUGUCGUCUUGGCUCAUCCCGGUCCUCCACGCCCAGGCGGCGGAGAAGGGUGCUGCCGUCCCGGACAUUUACGCCAUCGGCGUGCAGGAGCUACUUCCUCUGCAUCUUGCCUUCGCUGGUCUCUCCACUCCCGUUCUUAUCGCCCUCACCGACCGCAUCCAGUCCCUGCUCUCGGCCCACGCCACUUCGCUGUCGCCGACCCGCGUGGCCGAAAAGUUCCACCUCGUCAAGCGCGUCUCGCACGUCGGUAUCGCGCUGUGGGUGUUUGCGCGCGAGUCCACCACGCAGGGGCGUCUUGGUAAAUCGCUCGACGCGACGGUGGGACUCUGGCACAUGGGCAUGGGCAACAAGGGAGCUGUGGGUGUCCGCCUGCCGAUCAUGCGCGGCGAAAAGCAAGGCGGCUGGGAGACGUUGACGUUUGUGUGUGCGCACCUCGACGCGCACGACCACAACAUUGGACGUCGCAACAUGCAAUACGAGGCCAUUCUCUCGUCUCUCAUCUUCGAACCCGGAGACGCCCUUCACCACCGUGUCCAGCCCUUCCAGUCGUCGCACCUGUUUAUCAUGGGCGACCUGAACUACCGCCUUGAGCGUCUGCCAGUUGCCGGCGUCUACCCGCGCGAGCUGAGCGAUGACCUGGCCUCGCUGGAAAAGGAACGCGCCGCGCUCGUCCAGCUGGACACGCUUAAGCGGGAGCAGGACGCAGGCAAGGUGUUUGGCGGCAUGCGCGAAGGCGACCUCACGCGCUUUGCACCCACGUACAAGCGUAUCGUCGGCGAGAUCGAGGGAUACUCGAAGAAGCGCAUCCCAGGCUGGACUGACCGUAUCCUGUUUGCCUCGCACACCGACACUCCGGACCUGUACGCCCCGCACUCGGUCGCCAUUGCAGGCGACAACACGACGCACAUUCUCGAGUUCCGGUCCACCCCGCAGCUGACAAUCUCCGACCACAAGCCCGUCCACAUUGUCCUGUCGCUGCCGCCCGUGACGCACUCGGCCGCAAGCCCAAUCACGGCACCGGUCCUCGCGCCUCCCCUGCCUCCUAGCCGUCCCCGUCCCGCCGCGCGUAGCCGCGAAGAGAUCCUCAUUGCCAAGAUUAUCGGUACCCUCCUGGACCGCCUGAUCGGCUGGCCAUGGACCAUCCUCGUGCUGCUGGGCUUUGGCAACGAAAAGGCCGGCAUGGGCGUGUCGGCGUUCCUGGCCAUGGUGUGGAGCGUGUGGUGGAGCGGCGUGUUUGCGAGCGCAUAG